AUGGGGGAAAGUCGGCUGUUUGGUCAGGGAGGGGAUCAGAUGGGGGAAAGUCGGCUGUUUGGUCAGGGAGGGGAUCAGAUGGGGGAAAGUGGGCUGUUUGGUCAGGGAGGGGAUCAGAUGGGGGAAAGUCGGCUAUCAGCUGGAGAUGUCCCCGGGCGGUUCAGCAAUCAUGGCGUCAAGUUGUCUUCGUCAGCAACAGGCCAGCAACAGGCCAGCAACAGGCCACAAUCAGCAACAGGACAGCAACAGGCCACGAUCAGCAACAGGCCACGAUCAGCAACAGGACAGCAACAGGCCACGAUCAGCAACAGGACAGCAACAGGCCACGAUCAGCAACAGGACAGCAACAGGCCACGAUCAGCAACAGGACAGCAACAGGACAGUAACAGGACAGCAACAGGCCACGAUCAGCAACAGGCCACGAUCAGCAACAGGACAGUAACAGGACAGCAACGGGCCACGAUCAGCAACAGGCCACGAUCAGCAGCAGGACAGCAACAGGGCAGUAACAGGACAGCAACAGGCCACGAUCAGCAACAGGACAGCAACAGGGCAGUAACAGGACAGCAACAGGCCACGAUCAGCAACAGGCCACGAUCAGCAACAGGACAGCAACAGGCCACGAUCAGCAACAGGCCACGAUCAGCAACAGGACAGCAACAGGCCACGAUCAGCAACAGGACAUGA